AUGCCACCCAGCUCGUGCGCGCUGCCGCCCAAUGCGACCGACUGCACUCUUGCAUUUCGCCUGCACACGCUGCAAGACAACGUCGAGACCACGAGCGUCUGGGCGAAUGCUUCGUUUAUGCCCUUGAGCGUCUCGCAGUACUUUUACGUGGCCGCCGCCUUGCCGCGGAAUGCCACGUCGGUCCAGUACCAAGUGUCGCUGCUCGUGCUACCGGAGGCCGACGCAACACAACCUGCGCGCACGUGCCCGUCUUCGUGUUUUGGCGCCGCGAGCUUCUUCUCGG